ACGUGAUAGAGACGUUCCCCGAGGCUUAAGGUCACGUGCUCGUGACGUCACCCGAGGCCUAAUAGCUUCUUGGAACUAGCAGCGUCCGCGGUUUCGCAAUUGUUGUGCUGUGUUGUAUCCGUGACCCGAGGGGUAGCGCUCUCCGCUGCUGAAAAGAUCCAAUAGAGAAGAAGCUUCGGGUGACGGGGGAUUGACGUUCUGAUUGGGCGUCAUGUUUCGCUUUAUGAGAGACACUGAUCCACAGGACCCGGCCAUGUACCUUAUGGACCCGUAUGCUCUGCAUCGCCAGCACAUGCGCCACAUGUUCUCCGGAGACUAUGGGAUGUCCCCGUAUCUGAGCUUAACCGACGGCAGUGUUAGGGGGCUUCCACGCCCUGCCCCCUCUCACACAAUACAGCAGCCUGGCGCAGUGACCCCUUAUGGCAUGAUGGGAAUGGGGGGCGGAUAUAUGGACAUGUUUGGGAUGAUGAACGACCUCGUGGGUAAUGUGGACCAAAUGACAACUGGAUCAAACUGCCAGACAUUCUCUUCUUCCACGGUUAUCUCUUACUCCAAUAUGGCGGGGGUUAGUGCCCCUAAAGUAUAUCACGAGACCACACAGACUCGCAUGGCACCUGGCGGGAUCCGCGAGACACGGCGAGCAGUACGGGACUCCGACAGCGGCAUGGAGCAAAUGAGCAUCGGCCAUCACAUCAGAGACCGAUCCCACAUUGUGCAGCGCUCACACAACCGACGCACAGGAGACCAAGAAGAGAGGCAAGAGUUCAUCAAUAUGGACGAAGUGGAUGCUGCUGGUUUUGAUGAAGAAUGGACCAGACAGACCUCCCAUUACAGAGGACAGCGAGGAGUUGCUUACAGAAGACAGGGGGGUACAGAAGAUCGGCUUGCCAUCCAGGGACCAGAAGAUAACACUGCCAGGCCAUCUCGCCGCUAUGACUGGUGAAACGGUGUCUUGAGAUCUGCACAUUUGGAUUCAACAGAUGGAGCAAGAAAACUCAGAAUGUUCUGAAUAUUCCCAAAGGAAUAAAUCCCUCCUCCCCCAUGCCACUAUUCCACCACACCUCACUCCUUACCUUCCAUACCUAUUUCCCCCUCCCCAUUGUCCCCCCAAACUACCUCCAAUACUCUUCUUUAAUCCCCCUCCUAAUUCGCUUUUAAUACCACCCUUUGUUGGUCGGUCACCCCUCGCUGUCCUGAUGCUUCCCCCCCCCUCCCACUUCUACCUCUUGUCCCCAGUCUUUCCAGUGACUUUCCAUUCCAGCAAACUUGAUAUAAUUUUGCCAGCAGUAAUGUAUUCUAAACACUAGGGGAGGUUCAGUAGUGAGGGUGUGACCAAGAGAUGGCAAUGUUUUUGUGUGGGGGGGAGGGUGCGGGGAACGACACUGAUGCUGCGCAGGAAAGGGAGGAGUCAGUCAGGAUUUUUGCAAGAAUAGGUAGGGAAUGACACCCCGGAGUUAUUUUAAGUAUCGGACAGAUGUUCUGCAAGAGGCAGAGAAUUGCUCUGUAGGGAAGGGGUUAAUCAAAGCUGCAAAUAGGAGGAAAGAGCUGAGGAAAUGUGUGUGUGUGUGUGUGUGCAGAGAUAAAGCAUGUGACCAAUGACAGGCUCUGCAGAGUGGGGCAGAGGAGAGAUGCUCUGCAUUGAAUGAAAGAGAAGGUGAGAGAGCAGCUCUGUUCUGAGGGUUUGGAGGGGGGGCAUGUUUGGAGGGUGGGAGACUGGAGCCGUACAUCUGAUGCGUAGGGACUGUAGUAUAGUAUAGGGGUUUUGUUUAAUUUUUUUGCAAUGUUUAUUAUUAACUGUUCAGUUAAAUUAAUAAAGGAGAAGGUGUCACAU